AUGAAGGACUUUAAUCAAAAGCACAAAAAAUUUAAUAAGAAAAAUGGCAAUUAAUCCUAAUAAUAAAUGAAGAAGAAAGGAUUAAAAAAGCAUUAAAAGCACCGCUAUCAUGAUGUUGAAAAAUUACAAGAUAGAAUCAGAAAAGAAACACCUGCAUCUGGUGAAUACUUGUACGAUUAUAAAUUAGAAAAAGCUGAAGAAGAUAGAGCUAAGCUGUAGCCUGAAGAAUUUAGAAAAAAAUACAAGAUUAAUUUCAGUGAUCUCCCUAUCUCUUACAAUACAAUUUUUGGUUUGGAAAAAAGAAAGUUUAUUAAAAUGACAGAAAUAUAGAGAUGUACAAUUCCUCAUAUUUUAGCAGGAAGAGAUGUAUUAGCUGCUUCAAAGACAGGUAGUGGUAAAACACUAUCUUAUCUUGUUCCUUUGGUAGAAAGAUUAUAUGUUUAAAAAUGGAAUCCUUUGGAUGGUUUAGGAGCUAUAAUUAUAUUACCAACUAGAGAAUUAGCAACAUAGGUUUUUGAAGUAUUUAAUUCCUUUACUUAGAAUCAUGACUUAUCAGUAGGUUUAAUUAUUGGUGGUAAAAAUGUCAAAUAUGAAAAAGAGCAUAUGAAAGGUAUGAACGUCUUAAUUUGUACUCCUGGACGUCUCCUUUAGCAUAUGGAUGAAACUCCUGAUUUUGAUUGCACAAAUCUAUAAAUGUUAGUGAUAGAUGAAGCUGAUCUCAUCUUAGAUUUAGGUUUCAAAGAGCAUUUAAAUGCAAUAUUAUUAAACUUACCCAAGUCUCGUUAGACCAUAUUGUUCUCUGCAACUUUAAGCAAGUCUAUCCACGAAUUAAGCAAAUUGUCUCUUAAAAAUGCUGAACACAUAUUUUUACAUGAAGUUAGAUCAACUUAAGACUAAGAUUCAUAGAAUGUCAUUAACACUAGCAUUAAAGAUAUUUAUGAAGCACCCAUAAAAUUAACCCAAUACUAUAUGGAAAUCAAUAUUGAAGAUAAAUUAAACAUGCUCUUUUCUUUUUUGAGAUCUCAUAAAAAAAAUAAAGUUCUUGUUUUCUUAAGUACUUGCAAAUAAGUUCGUUUUGUUUACGAAGCAUUUAGAAGACUCAAGUUAGGACCUCCUGUUUUCGAAUUGCAUGGUCGUCAAAAACAAGCUAAAAGAUUAGCUAUUUUCUUCACUUUUGCAGAGAAGAAGUUUGGUGUACUCUUCACAACUAAUUUGGCAGCUAGAGGUUUAGAUUUUCCUGGUGUUGAAUGGAUUGUUCAAGUAGAUUGUCCAGAUGAUGUUGUUACUUAUGUUCAUAGAGUUGGAAGAACUGCUCGUUUCAAAAAUGAUGGUAACUCUCUUUUAAUGGUUCUUCCUUCUGAAAUUAAAAUGAUCGAUAAACUGAAAGAAAAAAAAAUGAAUAUUCAAAAGCUUAAAGCAAACCCUGAACAUUAGCUUAGUAUAACUAAUUCUUUGCAAUCUUAUCUAGUAGAAAGUGUUGAUUUGAAGUAUUUAGCAUAAAGAGCAUUUAUUUCUUAUGUUCGUAGUAUCCAUUUUGCUGCCGAUAAAGAAGUAUUUAAUGUCAACUCUCUUGAUUUAAAUGGGUUAUCAGAAAGCUUAGGUCUUAUUCAAACUCCUGUAAUAAAUAUUAAGGGUUUAAAGAAUGAAGAAAGUGAUGAUGAUAGUGAUGGUGAAGAAAGCAAUAGUUCUGAUGGUGAAAAGGAAGAUGAAGUAAUUGUAAAAAAAUAAGAUAGGUUAGCAAAGUUAAAAGAAAAGAUAAAAAAAAUGAAAGAAGAGAAAGCUCGCAAAAAAUUAGGAUUACCUCCCGUUGAAAAUAAUGAAUAAGAUGAUGAUGAUAAUAAUAAAGAAGAGUAAGAAAUCAAGUAGAAAAAAGAAAAGAAAUAAAAGUAAAAUAAAUAAAAUGAAGAAAUGGAGAUUGAAGAAAAUACAACAAAAGCAAGUGAUAAAAAAGACAAGAAGAAGAAGAAGGCAAGUAUUGAAAUUAGUGAGGAAAAAUAAGCUUAAGUAGAUGAUUCAAAUUAAGCUGAUGAAAAUAACAAUGGUAAAAAAGCAUUUAGUGUUAAGCAUGAAAAGUUAGUGAAAAGAAAAAAUUAAGAUGUUCUUAGUGAAAAUUAUUAGAAACUAAGAAAUGAAAAAUAAAAUAAUGAUGAAGACGAUUUCUUAGUACCUAAAAAAAAAGGCUAACAUGAAGAUUUAGAUGAGAGUAACUACAAAAUUAAUACAUUAAAAGUUAGUAAAAAUAAACUUAAGAAAAUACAUGAAGAUGGUUACUUUGGUGGUAAGAAUAUUACCUACUUCACUGAUGACGGAAAGUAACUUACUAAGGAUGACUUAAAAAUGAUGGAAUAUAAACAAAAUGAAAAGAAGGCCUUGGAGGAAGAAGAAGACUUAGUUAGAAAACAUGCCUUAAAGUUAGAAUUAAAUAGAUAAAUUGACAAGGACAGAGAAAAUGCAAGAAGAAAAGAAAAGAAAGAAAAGAGAAAAAUGUUAAAAUAUGAACAAAAUGAAUAGUUAAUUUAAAGAAAUUAAGCCAUUCUUGCAGGAGAUAGCUAAGAUGAAGAAGAAUAUGAUGAUGAUUUUGAAGGCGAAUAAAUAGAGGAAGAAGAAAUUCAAAGUGAUUAUUCAUAGCAAAAGUAAGACAAUAUAGAUUCUGAAUCAGAAUCAGAAGAACAAGUUAUUUAAAAGUAAAAGAAGAUUAAAAAGUAAAAAAAACAUAAAUGA